UCUAUUACAGGGACAGUUCAAUCAUUGGUCAUGGGCACAGCACACCUGACUUGGGGAAAUUAAUUGAAUUUAUUAUCCAAAAGUGUCAGAACAAGAAAACGAGAAGGAAAGUAAUUCCUACGGAAAUCCAUCUUCCCCCCAGCUGUCCCUCCUUCCCGGGCUUAACUUUCUGCCCCUCUCCGUCCCCCUCCCCGCCCAGAGGCACAGGGAUGGGGGUCACAGUCAGGUCAUGUCACUGCCUCCCCCUGAGGGCCAGGAAUCCUUGUCCUGCUGCAGCCUGGGGUCCCUCGCAGGGGCCAGAGUCCCUCAGGACCAGGCUGCUCCAGCGGGGAUGGCCAGGGGGAUCCCCGAGUCCGGCCAGGAGCCACUUGCAUGGCUGUGCAGGGGCUUCUGCCGGGCUCGGGGCCUCUCUCAGGCACCCCCUGCUCCGGCCCGGCCUCACUGCCCCCCUCACCCCCCCAUGCAGCGAGUGCCCGGGCAGGGAGAUGGACGAUUUUCCCGGGGCUGAAUCUUGGAGUUUCUGAGCUUUAUUGGGCUGAAUGUUGGUGCUUUGUUUAUUUUGUGGGGGCUGAAUCUUUCUAUGUUGGGGGGAUAUCGGAUUUUUGGUGUUUUGGAAGUUUUUGAUCUGUCUUUGUUAGCGUUCAAGAACACACAUAAUCACAGACUGAUUAUAUGCAGGUGCUUUAUUGAAGUGUGCAGGAACUGGGGGUAUCAGCAACCCAAAUCUAGCUCCGCUGUCUUUGUCCAAAGUGUGCAUAUUUCUACAAUUUGAGCUGUAGCAGUAAUCACUAUAACAACCUUAUCAAUAUUGCUUCAUUAAUAAAUCUUAAUUAACUUUACCAAUAUUGCUUCUUGAGAGUUAGCUCAUCCUUGUACGAACGUGUACGAAUCUUAUCUCUGGGUGGGUAUCUUGGAGACCCCAAGUACCAGUUCCCAUUACCGUAAACAUUCCAGCUUGCUAGACCAUCCCUAAUACCGAGCAUUGUUGUGGCCUACCUCUACAUGAUUUUAAAAAACAUUUUCAGAAACAUUUAACCCCAUUGUAACAUUUUUCCCCACUUUGAAAAUAUUUCACUUUACUAUAAUAAGUGUAAUGCUUUCACUAUAUACAGUCCUUUCUCUAAGUUUAUACUUGAUGUUCAUCUUGGAAUCCAAGUUGUUGUAAGCGUUGUUACACUCUGGAGGACUCGGAGAUGACAAAUGUGGAUGUGGAUCUCUGUCCCAUGUCAGCGCCUUUAUUAUCUUCUGGUUCCAGGUUCCUCUUUUCUUUAUCUCUCCUUUCAGAACUGCACAGAUUAACCAGACUGCUAAGAACACAAUUAGUAGGAUUAGUAGGAUUAUCUCUCAAGAAUAGAUUUGAUCCUAACCCUUCAAAAAUUUUAUCUACCCAGCUUGUGGUCAGAUCUUCCCUCUCUUUUUGUGCUUCAUGUUCUAUUGGUUUUAAUGGAUUAAUGUUGUGUUCUACAUCUGCAGUUCCAUUUGGGAUGUGGAUGCAGCAGUGAUCAAUUUGUCCUUUUAGGUACCUGCAUACUCCGUGUUCUUUCAACAAUAACAUAUCUAAAGCCAAUGUUUUGCAGGGUCAUUUUAGUUGUGGCUUGUAAUUGUACAUUUAGCUCUCUAAAUCCCUCUUUGGUAACUCUUGCCAAUCUUUCUACCUGGCCUGUAAGUUUGUACAUCUUUCUAUUAUUAUAAUUUGCUAUUGGACCAAACAAGGAUUCCAGAGCCCACUCAAAUUUUACACUACUGGAGGGUUGCUGCCAUCUUUCUUCAUCUUCAGCUGUGUUUUCCUGAACUUCUUGUCUUGUCCUUAUUUGCAGAAGUUCAUGUUCCCCCUUGAAUGGGGACCUUUUCUAAAUUUGGCAUAAGGUGGGGAGGCCUAAAGUAAUCUCUUUUACUUUUUCACCUACAGGCAGAUGUGUUGUCCAGGUGCCAUCGCUUGCUGCCCAUCCAAAUUGGCCUAGACUCUGAAUUGUUCUUCUGCUACAUAUUACCUUUUGGAUCACUUGUCCUAUCUUGUCAUUUAUUUCCCCUUGUUUAUGUUUGAUUCCUCUGCAGGCACAUCCAAUUUGCAGAGCUACCACUAGUGGUGGCAUUUGUUUUAUUUCUUCAUCAUCAGAAGUACAGUCCUAAGCUUUGUUCCAUACCCACCAAUUCACUUUGUCUGCCUCCAUUCUACUACUGGUUGCAGUGUUCCAUACCCCUGGAUCUGUUUCAUUUUCAGAGCCUUCCCACUUAAUGCACCAAGGGCUAUCUGCCAUAGAUUGGAAUUUCUGAAGCACACUCAUUGCCCAUGCACUGUCCCAAGCUUCAACCUGAUCUUUUCCUUCCUGUCCUUCACACUUUCGCUUCGAUACUGGAAUCUUUUCUUUAAUGACCUUUGCUAUCUUUUCAGAACACCAUCCAUAAUUCCCUAAUCCCCCAUACCAGCCUAGUUUUGGUUCAUACUUUCCUCCAUUUUCAUGACAAUCCCAUGUAGAUGAAUACUUUGGCUUCACAGCAUUUUCAAACACUGUCUUAUUUGGGUACUCGUGAUGUAUUUGCAAUACACAGCUCACAUUUUCAUUUUUCUUCUUUUGUAUUUCAGGGAGUUUUGAUGUUAUAAUUCUUCAAUUUAUUUGGUCUCCUGCUGCCUUUGGUAUUGGCAGGCAGGCAGUUAUUUUGCUGGUGUUUUGCAUGUUGGCCAAAUCUUGAAUUAAUCUAAUAAUCCCAUUUUCUGCCUGAAUAGUAUUAGAGACUUUUAUCACUUGUGUUUCUGGCUGCACCCCCACAUCCCUCUUCAUUAUAAAAUGAAGAGUUGUCAGCUGAUCCUUUUGCAUUUCACAUCCCAAGGUAACAUUGAUUCCUACUGAUGGCACUAAAGGCCAUGAAAUAAUCACCAUUACAGUCACUAGCAACCUAGACAUUUGAAACAAUCAAACCCGCUUUAUCUGCAGCUUUGUUGGCCCUACAGUUUGUGCAGUCCACAGUGCAGGGGAAACCUUCACUCUGGUGUAAUGUAUGCAGGGAUCCAGUCCAGCUCCUUUGACUGCUGUCAAGGUAGUUAACAGUACCUGAUAGGGUCCAUUCCACCUUUCUUUUAAUGGUUCUUCCUUCCAGCUUUUACCGUACACUUCAUCUCCCGGGGGGAUGUCAUGAACUGGAUUCUCAAGAGUCAGCGGCCUGUUCCACACAAGGGUGCUCCGAAGUCGAGCUCGAGCUUUUCCAAGAGACAGAACAUAAUUCUACACCUCUUGCUUCCCUGUAACAAGUACAUUUGGAUUAGGUUCAGGGGAUUCAUAUGGUUUCCCAUCCAAUAUCUCAUAAGGACUGACUGACAUCCCGCUUCUAGGCUUUAUCCGAAUCCUCAGCAGUGCUAUUGGUAAAGCUUGUGGCUGCUGCAAUUUAGCCUCUUGGCAUCUUUUGCUGAUUUGCCUCUUCAGUGUCUGAUUCAUCCUCUCUACCUGUCCACUGGAUUGGGGUCUCCAUGGUGUAUGGAGAUGCCAAGCUAUUCCCAGUAACCUACUCACCUCCCUCACUACUGUGGCUGUGAAAUGUGGGCCCCUAUCUGAUGAUAUUCCUAGAGGCACCCCAAAUCUUGGAAUGAUUUCUUGCAGUAACCACUUGACUGUCUCCUUUGCUUGAUUUGUGUGACAGGGAAGAGCUUCUGGCCAUCCUGAAAAUGUGUCAACCCCUACCAAUAGAUAUUUGUAUCCUUGAGUUCUUGGUAAUUCUACAAAAUCUACUUGCCAAUAAUCUCCUGGUUCUACUCCUAUCCAAAUUCUUCCUAAUUGUGCCUGUCAUCUAGCCACUGGAUUGUUCUUUAAGCAAAUUUCACAUUUUGACAUUACUGAUUUUGCCAUUGUUAACAUCUGUACUGAAGUUAAAUUUUGUUUUAACAAUUUCACCAAUGCCUUUGCACCCCAAUGACAUUUGUUAUGUUUAAUUUGCAGAACUUCUCUCAUUAUCAAAGGGGAUACCACUACUUGUCCCUGUGUAGUCACAUACCACUCUUCUGAAUUCUUUUGUGCAUUCAGUGAGCGUCCAAAUUUCUCAUCUUUUAUUGAAUAGUUUAUAUUUUGGUUCUGGGCGUAAACUGAAUUGAGAUACAUUUAAAAACGAAUGUAUCAAUGCCAUUGCAGUUUGCACUUCUUGAGCAGCUUGUCGGGCUGUCCAGUCUGCUUUCCGAUUUCCCUCAUGAAAUUUGGAGCUUCCUGAUUGGUGAGUGUUACAGUGCACGAUUGCUGCUUGCUCAGGCUUUUGUACUGCUUUUAUUAAUUGCAGGACUGCAUCUUGAUGUUUAAUGUGUGUGCAUUGAGAAGACAGCAGUCCUCUUUCUUUCCCCAGUGCCCCAUGUACAUGCACCACUCCAAAAGCAUGUUUUGAAUCAGUCCAGAUAUUUACUUUGUUCCCUUCACUCAUCUCUAAUGCCCUGGUUAAAGCAACCAGUUCUGCUUGUUGGGCAGAUGUGUUUGCUGGUAAGGAACAAAGCUGAAUUCAAAAGGUUAGUUGUCUUUAGUGGGACAUCAUCCUGCUAGGUUAGGAUUACCUGGAAUUUCGUCAUUCUGCUUGGAGAUAGCCAAUGGCUCCCCUUUUGUUGUAAAACAGUGGUCACCGUGUGUGGCACAUAGACAUCUAUGUGUCUACCCAUCGUGAGUUUCCUGGCUUCUUGGAUCAGCAUCACAGUGGCUGCAACUGCCCGCAGGCAUGAAGGCCAUCCAGCACUCACCACGUUGUCAAGUUGUUUGGAAAAGCAGCCUACCGGCCUGUUCCAGCUUCCCAAAUGUUGGGUCAGCCCUCCCAGUGCUGGGUGUGAUCUUUUGUGCACAAACAGCUGAAAAUCUUUGGAUAGAUCAGGCAAUCCUAACACCUGACGUGUUGUCAAUGCCUCCUUCAGUUUGAGGAAGGCUUCCUUCUGUGGUUUGCCCCAGGUAAGCGGUUGUGUCUUCUGGGCUUCGUAGAGGGGCUCUGCAAUUAGUCCAUAGUCCAUGAUCCAUAGGCACCAUCCAUCCGUCAUCCGGCCAUCCCGAGGAAAACUCACAGCUCAUGCAGGUUCUGGGGUUCUGGAAUAGCACAAAGAGCUUGAAUACGGUUAGUACCCAGCUUACGUUGCCAUUGUGAGAUUUCACACCCCAGGUAAGUCACAGUCUGUUGGGCAAUUUGUGCCUUUCCUUUAGACACCUUAUAUCCUCCCAUUCCUAGUUGAUUUAAAAUUUCAAUUGUUGCCUUUAUGCAGGUUGUUUUCUGUAGCUGUCAGUAUAUCACCAACAUACUGUAACAGCAGGUAUUGUUCUCUUGGUACUUGCCCGUUUUUGGUCCAAAUCUCCAGCUCCUUCGCCAGCUGGCUUCCAAAUAGGGUUGGACUGUUCUUGUAUUCUUGUGGGAGUCGUCUCCAGGUGAGCUGGAUUUUCCUUCCAUUGUCUGGAUUUUCCCAUUCAAAGGCAAAUAGUUUCCUACUUUUUUUGUCAAGGCGUAUGCAGAAAAAGGCAUCUUUUAAAUUAAUUACAGUAAACCAUUUCUAUUUCUCUUUUAUGGAUGUUAACAAUGUGUAGGGAUUAGCUACCACUGGGUAAAUAUCUUUAGUUAUUCCAUUUAUUGUUCUCAAAUCCUGUACUGGUCUGUGCUCACCGUUUGGUUUCUUCCCUGGAAAUAUUGGUGUAUUAAAUUCUGAUUCACGUUCUUCUAAAAGUUGGUACUUCAAAAAUUAUUCAAUAAUCUUUACUAUUCCUUGCUGUGUUUCUGGCUUUAUGGGAUACUGUUUAACCUAGACAGCUUUUGUCCCUUCUUUGCAUUCUACGUGUCCCGGUUGUGCCAACUUAGAUUUUCCUGGUAUGUCUGUUUCCCAUACAGAGGGAAUUACUGCAUCCUCUACUUCCCGAGGGAUAGCAGGGACUGGUUUUUCUUUUAUCAUUAAGAUUUGUCCUGUCUUUGAUUCAGGUAUUUUCAUUAAAAGCUCCCCGUUUUCAAAAGUUAUCACUGCAUCAAGUUUUUCUGAUAAAUCUCAUCCUGAAAGUGGAAUUGGACACUCAGGCAUAUCUAAAAUUCAUGUGUUAACACUUUGUUUCCGAAGCACAAAUCCAGGGGUUGCAGGAAUGGUCGAUUCUCCUCUGUCCCUGUGGCUCCAACUAUUGUUGCUGUUUUGUCUGCAGUUUGUCUUUUUAGAUCAUUUAGCACAGAAUAUGUAGCCCCCGUAUCCACCAGGAAUUUUACUUCUUUAUCUCCCAAUUGUAUAGUUACUAAAGGUUCUUGUGUUGGUUUUUGUUCUGAUUCUAGUCAGCUGCUGUACUCCCCCAGCACCAUUAAUUUGGAAGCAUCUUGAUUCUGAUUGAACUGAUUGCCCUGGUUAAACCAAUUUGAGCAUUCAUUUUUCCAGUGCCCCUCUUGUCUACAAGAAGCACAUUGAUUUAACCCCAAUCUUGGCAAAACCCAUCCCCCUCGUCCUCUGCCAAGUCCGCCCCUCCCCAGUCCACGAUCACCUCUGCCGCAUCCUCUGAAACCUGGAUUCUCUCUUCCUUGGACCACUGCCAAAAGAUUUUGCUGCUGCUUUUUACUAGCUUCCUUUUCCCUGUUAUUGUAUAUUUUCCAAGCCACUUCAAGUAAUUGAUUCAAAUUCCUUGAAUCUUCUCCUUCUAACUUCUGCAGUUUUCUCCUAAUAUCAUCCUGCGACUGCCCAAGAAAAAUGAACGCCAGCUGAACAUUCGCUUGUCCUGUUUCUAGUUGAAGAUCUGUAUACGUUCUUGCUGCCUCUUUAAGCCUUUCCAAAAAUGCAGCAGGGGAUUCUUUCUUUUCCUGUCUUAUCUCAUACAAUUUAGACCAAUUCAUAGCCUUAGGUACAGCAUUCCCAACCCCUGUCUGGAGCCACUCUUGAUAUCUCUUCAGGCUCCGCAUGUCCCCAAAGGCAUUGGGAUCCCACCCUGGAUCCUCGGUUGGAAAGUUCUCAUCUAAAGUCGCCGUCAGCACCCCAGUUCUGAGAUCUUCUCUCACCUUCUCCUCGGCUGCUCUAAGCACCAUCUCUUUCUCAGUAGAGUCCAUUAAAUUCUCCAAUAUUACUUGUAUAUCAUCCCAAUCUGGAUUCUGAGUUUUCAUGAUCAUUUUUACCACCCCUGCUACUUUAUCAGGAUUUUCUCUCUAAGUUCCAGCUGAUUGUUUCCAAAUUAUCAAGUCUGCGGGUGGAAAAGGAAUUUUCACAAACACCGGCCCUUCUACUCCUUGUCUCAAGGGGGCAAUCACAGUCCGCCUUUGUCUGCCCAAAUCUUUUCCCGUUCUACCCAGAACCAGAGCAAGCUGUGACCGAGUCCGAUGGGAUACCGGUGUCGCUGAUUUAUUAUCAUCACCCCUGCUACUGCUAUCUUCCUCCCCAGCAUUUUUCACAUUUCCUUGUAUCACGGUUAGAUUUGGAUCAUCUCCCAGAGAAGAAGGAUCAGGUGAAGGCAGUAGAGGGGGAUAAAGUGGGCAAGGUGAAGUGGGAUUAGGCGAGAUAGGGUUAGGUGAAAUAGGAUUGGGUGAAGUGCAGGCAGACAAAACAAAAUCGGGUUCUUUUGGUUCUGCUGAAACCACUUGUAAAUCAACAUCCAUCUCUUUCCCCUGACACAAACUUUCUUUUAAUGACAGGUGCUCUAAACAACUUUUUCCUUUUACACAAACCUCACAUUUAUCACUCACAUGUGCCUUAAGUUGCAUCAAUCCACACUCAGCCUGCCAUUCUGGCUUGUCUCACAAAUAGAAAAACAAAUCAAUGUAUGGAACUUCAUCCCACUUUCCCUCUGGCUUACAGAACAACAUCAACUGUAAAAUGGUGUUCUACUGCAAAGAUCCAUUUCUCGGCCACUUUUCCCCACUGUCCAGGUCAUAUCCUGGCCACCGUGUAUUACAAUAAUCAAUCAACUUUACGUAAAUCUUGCCCAAAGUUUCCCUGUUUGCAAUGUGCUAAUAAGCACCCCAAAGGAGAAGUAGGCGGUAUAGGGGCAGUGCCACCUCAAAUCCCUUUAAGCUUCUCCAUGUUACAGUUACAAUACACCACACACCACUGCUGCCCAACCUGCAGCGCUGUUGCACUUGUCUGACAGACGGCGCCUGGGCAAUACCAGGAAUUCCUCCAGCCCAACCGUGCGAAGCUUUGGCUGCGUCUUAUUGGCAGGCACCAGAGCAGACCGAAAAGCACCUCACCUCUCUCAGAGGGACGUUGUGAGCGGCGGCGACGGUCGCGGCCGGAUGGGCUCCCCAAGAAUCCCUCGGUGCCGGCUGGAGCGUGAUCAGGUCGUGAGCUUGCUCAGCAGCACUCACAGGGUCACCAAAAUGUUAGCGUUCAGGAACACACAUAAUCACAGACUGAUUAUAUGCAGGUGCUUUAUUGAAGUGUGUGGGAACUGGGGGUAUCAGCAACCCAAAUCUACCUCCAUCGUCUUUGUCCAAAGUGCACAUGUUUAUAGAAUUUCAGCUGUAGCAGUCAUCAUUGUAACAACCUUAUCAAUAUUGCUUCAUUAAUAAAUCUUAAUUAACUUUAUCUGUAUUGCUUCUUGAGAGUUAGCUCAUCCUUGUACAAACAUGUCCGAGUCUUAUCUCUGGGUGGGUAUCUUGGAGACCCCAAGUACCAGUUCCCAUUACGAUAAACAUUUCAGCUUGCUAGACCAUCCCUAAUUCCAAGCAUUCUUGUGGCCUACCUCUACAAGAUUUUAAGAAACAUUUUCAGAAACAUUUAACCCCUUAGUAACAUCUUGAUGUUUGGAGGAUGUUUGUGCUGAAUCUUGGUGUCCUGGAAGUUCUUCCAGACACAAGAUGGCCAAUGACUUCCUGAGAUGAACUUGGGCAAGGAGGAAUCCCCACCCCAAGACACUCUUCUCUUGUUUUUUCCCCAAACCAGGAUUUUUCAUUCCCAAACCAGGGAAUCCCAGGCCAGAUGGAGGAGGAGGAAAAGCCCCAGAGUUCCCACACAAGGAGGGUCUGCAAACCCAGCCCAGGGAGCUGCGAGGAGGAAAGAUCCCCCCUGCGCCAGGAGGGUGGCAAUAGAUCCAGCCAGAGCUCGGAGCUGGGGGAGAAGCCUCAUGGAAGGGAGAAGCCCUACAAGUGCUUGGAAUGUGGGAAGGGCUUCAGAAAGAGCUCCCACCUGCUCCGGCACCAGGUCAUUCACACUGGGGAAAAGCCCUACGAGUGUGGGGAAUGUGGGAAGAGCUUCAACCACGGCUCCAGCCUCAUGCGGCACCAAGUGAUUCACACUGGGGAAAAGCCCUACAAGUGUGGGGAAUGUGGGAAGAGCUUCAGUGACCACUCCAACCUGGUGCAUCACCAGAGGAGUCACACAGGGGAACAGCCCUACACCUGCUUGGAAUGUGGGAAGAGCUUUGGAUGGAGCUCUGACCUGAGGAAUCACCAGCUCAUCCACACGGGGGAGAAGCCCUACGAGUGUCCCGAGUGUGGGAAGAGGUUUCAGCGCAGCUCCACUCUCAUCAGACAUGAGCGGAUUCACACAGACGAGAGGCCCUUCCGCUGCCCCGACUGUGGGAAGAGCUUCAACCGCAACUCCACCCUUACUGCCCACCGGCGCAUCCACACUGGGGAGAGGCCCUACGAGUGUCCCCAGUGUGGGAAGAGCUUCUCACGGAGCUCUAACUUGACCCAACACCAACGGAGGCACCAGUAAGGGAAGCCCUGCGAGUGCCCCGAGUGCGGGAAGAGCUUUGUGCGCUGCUCCAGCUCCAUCCCCCAUGGGA